GAGUCCUACCGCCACAUUCAAUCGAAAAUAACUCACAGCUUUCUAAAAUUGCAUGCAAAUAUGCCGCGAGAAAUUAUCACACUUCAGCUUGGACAAUGUGGCAAUCAAAUUGGAAUGGAAUUUUGGAAGCAGCUUUGUGCAGAACAUGGUAUAAGUCCAGAGGGAAUCCUUGAAGAGUAUGCUACUGAAGGUACUGACAGGAAGGAUGUUUUCUUCUAUCAAGCGGAUGAUGAACACUACAUCCCCCGUGCAGUUCUCUUGGAUCUUGAGCCGCGAGUUAUCAACUCCAUCCUGAACUCUCCCUAUGCCAACCUGUACAACCCAGAGAAUGUCUACCUCUCCAAACACGGAGGUGGGGCCGGCAACAACUGGGCUAGUGGAUAUACACAGGCAGAGAGAUUGUACGAGGAUGUGUUUGACAUCGUUGACCGAGAAGCCGAUGGCAGCGACAGUCUUGAGGGUUUUGUUCUUUGUCACUCCAUUGCUGGUGGUACCGGGUCUGGAAUGGGAUCGUUUCUCUUGGAACGCCUCAAUGACAGAUUUCCCAAGAAGUUGAUUCAGACAUACUCUGUUUUUCCAAACCUGGAAGAAAUCUCUGACGUUGUUGUACAGCCAUACAACUCGUUGCUUACCUUGAAACGAUUAACACAGAAUGCCGACUGCGUGGUCGUGUUGGAUAACACAGCCCUGCACCGCAUUGCAGCAGAUCGACUUCACAUCGAGACACCAUCAUUCGCCCAGAUUAAUCAGUUGGUUUCUACUGUCAUGGCAACAAGUACGGCAACUUUGCGUUACCCAGGCUACAUGAACAAUGAUCUGAUUGGUCUGAUAGCUUCUCUCAUACCAACACCGCGACUGCAUUUUCUCAUGACCGGUUACACCCCACUGACCACAGACUCACAGGUGGCGAGCGUUCGGAAGACCACCGUGCUUGAUGUGAUGAGACGACUCCUUCAGCCGAAAAACAUGAUGGUGUCCACCGUACAACAACGAUCGGCCAACCACUGCUACAUCUCCAUUCUGAACAUCAUACAGGGGGAGAUCGACCCAACACAGGUACACAAAAGUUUACAGCGAAUCAGAGAGCGUAAACUGGCUCAGUUCAUCCCCUGGGGUCCAGCAAGCAUUCAGGUCGCACUGUCGAGAAAAUCACCGUACAUACAGACAGCACAUCGCGUCAGCGGUCUAAUGCUGGCAAAUCAUACAAGUAUCUCAAAUUUAUUUGAGAGAACUCUGCGUCAGUUUGAUAAACUAAGGAAGAGAGAGGCUUUCUUGGACCAGUUCAAGAAGGAGCCGAUAUUCAAGGACAAUCUGGACGAGUUUGACAGCUCGCGGGAAGUCAUACAACAGCUGGUUGAUGAGUACCACGCUGCCACCACGCGAGACUACUUGUCCUGGGGAAUGCAGCAGAGUGGAACUUCAGAACGUGUGUGAAACUAAAGGAUUGAAUGAUUGAUCGUUGCAGUGCUGAUCUGAUGAAAGACGAAAACACUUGACAUGAUUUGGUGCAGAACCAUGUUGAUACAUGUAUAUAACAUUGCCAGGUGUGGAAGGCAUGCCACAAUGGUGAACUACUCAGAUCACAAAUCCUUGGAACAAAAGGAUUUGCCAAAACAUACUUCUGUGAUAACCUUAUGCUACUGUCUCCAAAAAUAUAUGUGUAUGAAUAUUAUUUAGCCCAUGCUUCAUAAUUUUUGUUUCCUAUUCUUUUGAUUAAUUCAAGUUAUGAGGUUUGGCUGAAAUAUUGGAUAUUAAAUUUUAAUUUUAUUUUCAGUGUUUAUAAAUCAAAAGGUACACAUACAUCUUUAAAAUGUUGCUUACCUUUUAAAAAAAAAAGGCCAAUUUAAAAUGUUCUUACUAGUUCAGAAAUAAAUGUCUUCACUGAAUUCCAGCCCAUGUGUUAAAUGUUCCUAAUUUUGAAAGCAGGUUUAGGGUGUAUACUACUAUUUGGUUUAGUACUACCUUUACACACAAGAUUUAGAUAAAAAAUAACACCAGUUAAAUGUGCUUUGUUUGCUAGUUGGUAAUGUUUAUUUACAAACAUCUCUGUACAUUGUUUUUUUGACACAUUGGAAGCAAUAUUCUUCUGGACAUUUAUCAAUUAUGAGGUGAACAAUUUUGCUAAUGUAAAAAUUAUAUACUAAUGGUGGAGAACAUAUUUUGUAUAUUAAAUAUUUUGUAAACUA